AUCACUUCCAAGUUUCAACUCGCCACAAAUCACACCCAUCUAUUCAUUCCAUAACUCUCCGACCACAAUUUCCAAUGGAGACCCAAACACUCCUCCAAAAAGAAACAAUCUUCAGAUCGAAACUCCCGGACAUUUACAUCCCGAAACACCUCCCUCUCCAUUCCUACUGCUUCGAAAACGUAUCCAAAUUCAGCUCGCGGCCGUGCCUGAUCAACGGCGCCACCGGGGAAGUCUUCACCUACGCGGACGUGGAGCUCACCGCCCGAAAGGUGGCGUCCGGCCUCGACCGGCUCGGGAUCCGGCAGGGCGACACCAUCAUGCUCCUGCUACCCAACUCGCCGGAGUUCGUGUUCGCAUUCAUGGGCGCGUCGUACCGCGGCGCCAUUACCACCAUGGCCAACCCUUUCUUCACUUCGGGGGAGGUGAUCAAGCAAGCCAAGGCGUCCAAAGCCAAACUCAUCGUGACGCAGGCCUGCUACGUGGACAAGGUGAAGGACUAUGCAUGGGAGAAUCACGUGAAGGUCAUGUGCAUCGACUCGCCUCCCGACGAGGGCUGCCUGCAUUUCUCCGAGCUGACCGCGGGUGACGAGUGUGGCGUGCCGGACGUGGAGAUCAGUCCGGACGACGUGGUGGCGCUGCCGUACUCGUCGGGGACGACGGGUUUGCCGAAGGGAGUGAUGCUGACGCACAAGGGACAGGUGACCAGUGUGGCUCAACAGGUGGACGGAGAAAACCCUAACUUGUACAUGCACAGCGAGGACGUAAUGCUGUGUGUGCUGCCGCUUUUUCACGUAUAUUCGCUCAAUUCGGUGUUGCUGUGCGGGUUGAGAGUUGGGGCUGCCAUUCUUAUUAUGCAGAAGUUUGAUAUUGUUCCCUUCUUGGAGCUGAUACAGAAGUACAAGGUGACGAUUGGGCCGUUUGUGCCGCCGAUCGUCCUCACCAUCGCUAAGAAUUCUGCUGUGGUCGACAAGUAUGACCUUUCGUCGGUCCGGACGGUGAUGUCCGGUGCUGCGCCGCUAGGGAAGGAACUUGAAGAUACUGUGAGAGCCAAGUUCCCCAAGGCCAAACUCGGUCAGGGUUAUGGAAUGACAGAGGCAGGACCAGUGCUGGCAAUGUGCUUGGCGUUUGCCAAAGAACCCUUCGAAAUAAAGUCGGGGGCAUGUGGGACUGUUGUACGGAACGCCCAGAUGAAGAUCAUUGACCCUGAAUCCGGCGAUUCACUGCCCCGGAACCAACCCGGAGAGAUUUGCAUUAGAGGUGACCAAAUCAUGAAAGGUUACCUUAAUGAUCCUGAAGCCACGGAGAGAACAAUAGACAAAGAAGGUUGGUUACAUACAGGAGAUAUAGGUUUCAUCGACGACGACGAGGAGCUAUUCAUUGUUGACCGGUUGAAGGAACUCAUCAAAUUCAAAGGCUUCCAAGUGGCUCCCGCUGAACUUGAAGCUAUGCUACUCAACCAUCCCAAAAUCUCUGAUGCCGCUGUUGUCGGCAUGAAAAAUGAAGACGCAGGAGAGGUUCCAAUAGCUUUUGUCGUCAGAUCAAACGGUUCUGAUGUGACGGAGGAUGAAAUCAAGCAAUACGUAUCAAAACAGGUGGUGUUUUAUAAGAGAAUAAAUCGCGUGUUUUUUGUUGAUGCCAUUCCAAAGGCACCCUCUGGCAAAAUCUUGAGGAAGGACUUGAGAGCAAGACUAGCAUCUGGUUUUCCAAACUAAUUUCGUGGUCCAAUUAAGUAAUUUGCCUCUGUCCUCUACUAUUAUUUUUUAAUGUGCCAAAACAGAGGCCAAAACUUGACCUUUAUUAUUAUACACUUGAUUGUCAGUUUGAAAAAUAAUGCUUUUCUUUUUCUUUUUUACCUGUAUGUAAAGUUUUAUCAGAGAACAAUUGUGAAAUGCUAAAAGACAUUAUUUCUGUAAUAUUUGGUAUGUGCAUGGAAGGCAUGUUUUUAAUUUCUA